GUAGCGGUACCGGCAACUCAAGUGUACGGUCAAGGCUUGUUUGCACACACGGCCUGGAUUCAAUGAGCGAGUCUGCCUGGUGCUGGCCACACGUCUUCGCUACAUCUGAAAAAAAAAUAUUUUGUUUUUUUAAAUUUUAAAAGUGGAAGAAAAUGAAGAGAUUAAAAUAUAUAAUUUUUUUAACUAUAUUUGCGGCAUUGAAUGUAAAAGCUGCAGAAAUUGAUGCCGAAGAUGAAUAUAUAACUAUAGAAAAUGAUCUCACAGAUUACAAAUCAAAAGAUACAGGUAGAGAAGCUAGAUUUCUACGACCAUAUCCUGUAAAUUACAAGAAAGAAGAACUUGCGAAUAAUGUUGGAAAUAAUUUAGAUAAGGAUAGAAAAGGCCGCUUCUUGCCAUUUUCUUACCCUCAGAGCCCAAUAGUGGACCUCAUGAUGCAGACUGUUUCUAUUAAUUAUUCGCCCACUAAUGCAAGGGAUCCCUUUGACUUCUUACGUGAUUCUUAUCCAUUACCUAAGGGUUACACCAGUCCCUUAGACGAAUAUGACUAUAUAAUAAUCGGAGCAGGUUCUUCUGGAUCGGUCUUAGCCUCUCGUCUGACUGAGGAUAAGCCUAAAGCUAUGGUGCUGGUCAUCGAGGCAGGCAAACCCGAGUGUCUGCUGUCGGACAUACCCGCCUUAACACAAUAUCUGCAGCUGACUGAUUACGUGUGGCCAUACAGAAUGGAGCACCAAUCUGGAGUUUGUAUGGGCAGUGAAGGCCAGCGCUGUUAUUGGCCUCGGGGCAAGGCGGUGGGGGGCACCAGCGUCACCAACUACAUGCUGUACACCCGGGGCCGGUCGCAGGACUGGAACAGGAUUGCUGCUGAUGGAAAUUAUGGAUGGUCCUAUGAUGAAGUUUUAAAUUAUUAUAAGAAAUCUGAGAGAGCCGAGCUGAAAAAGUACAAAAGCGCCCCUUAUCGCGGCCGAGACGGCGAACUAACUGUUGAAAAUGUUCCAUUUAAAACUGGACUUGUUGAGGCUUUCUUAGAAGCUGGAAGGAAAUUCGGUCAUCCAACUGUUGAUUACAAUGCUCCAGAUCAGUUUGGUUUCGGGUACAUACAGACCACCACCAAUAAAGGACACAGGAUGAGUGCAGCAAAAGCAUUCCUCCACCCCCACAAACGGCGAAGGAACCUUCAUAUACUCACUGAAACUAGAGCGACCAAAAUUCUUAUUGAACCUCAGACUAAGAGAACGUAUGCAGUGGAGUACAUGAGAAAUGGUGUCAAAUACACUGUUCGCUGUCGAAGAGAAGUAAUUUUAUCAGCGGGUCCAAUAGCCUCUCCUCAAUUACUCAUGUUGUCCGGAAUAGGACCUCGACCACAUCUGGAAACUUUAGGAAUUCCCGUUGUUUCUGAUUUGAGAGUGGGCAAAACUUUAUACGACCAUAUUGCUUUCCCCGGGGUCAUAUUUAAACUAAAUACCACAAAUGCUAGUCUUCUUGAACCAAAAGUCGCUACGUUACCCAAUUUAGUACAAUGGAUGCAGUUUGGAGAUGGACUCCUUACCACUCCAGGGUCUGUGGAAGCAUUAGGUUACAUAAAAACUUCGCAAUCUGAUGAUCCCGAAUUGAUACCCGAUAUAGAGCUAAUAAGUUUGGGAGGAUCUAUGACACUGGAUGGCGGUGGUGCUUUUAGAAAAAGUUGGAAAAUAUCUGAUGCAACUUAUUACCCAGCAUUCGGAUCUCUAACGGGGCAAGAUACGUGGUCAGCAGUACCAAUGCUUUUACAACCAAGAUCCAAGGGAUACAUGGAACUGCGUGAUGUUAAUCCAUUUUCAUUACCAAAACUGUACGGUAAUUAUUUGACAGAUAGUAAAGAUAUUGCGACUUUAAAAGAGGCUGUGCAAUAUAUUAUUUUGCUUGCACAGUCGGGCGCUUUUAAUAAAUACGAUCCAAAAUUACACUUGGCCGAGUAUCCUACAUGUAACACUCAUGCGCCUGGUUCAGAUUCCUAUUGGGAAUGUGCAAUUAGAACGAUGAUUAUAUCAUUACAUCAUCAAAUAGCAACAUGCAAGAUGGGACCCCAAACCGACCCUGACGCGAUCGUGGAUCCCGAACUGAGGGUCUACGGAGUGGAGGGUCUGAGAGUAGCGGACUCCAGUAUUAUUCCCAGACCAAUAAGUGCCCACACGAAUGCGCCAGCUGUUAUGAUCGGUGAAAAGGCAGCAGAUAUGAUUAAAAAGGCGUGGUCAAAUGUUGUCAGUUAAUUUAAGUUUUUCUUUUACCAUUAAUUUGUAAAUAGGUAAGACGUAUUUGUAAUAUAAUAUUAAUUGAA